AUGCCUUACGUGACAUUGCCCGGCUCGAUCGAGCUGUAUUGGGAAGCCUACGGGCCGCGUCUAGACGAACAAGAUCCUUCUGGGCCAGCCACCGCGUGGGCCGAACCCCAGAGCCCAUCGACUUCGACCUCGACCUCCUACCGAUCCAUCGAACUCCACCCGGAUGGCUCGCUGGACCUCCGUACGGACAUCCCGACCUUGAUUGUCUUGGCGCCGAUUUGGCUUGACUUGAGCUAUUGCCGGUCGCUCUUCGAUCGAUUCGCGCCGCAAUACCAGAUCUUCGCGCUGGAGAAUCGGUCCCAUGGCCGAUCAACAAGGGGCCCGGUCAUGCCUUCGUUCGACUUCUUCGUGUCGGCUGCCGACGUCGGUGCGUUGAGACGAUCUCUUUGACUGAGAUGUAGAGAGUUAGAGCUGACGAGGCGCUUCCAUCCGCUGUGGGCGGCAGCUUUCGCCAUGGUGAGCGGACGUGUGAUCUCAAUCGGCGCUCGAUCGAGAUUUGAACGGAGUGGUCUGAUCUUCCCUACUUUUUGUCCUACAGGAAGCUUUGUCUGUACCACCGAGUCACGUGUUCUGCUCAGGAGCUUUGGCUUUUCAAGGUAAGAAAUCUGGGACGCUUUACGCUCUCCACGUGGGUCGACGUACUGACUUUACCUUAUCUUCUUCUCAGUCGGUCUCAAACUGUGCCUGCUGUUCCCGAAUCAAGUCCUGUCACUUGCAAUCGUUGGAGCAGGACAGCUCUUUGCUCCGCCAGAUCAUGUCGAAAUGUACGUCCACCCUUCUUUGGGGAAGGAGCCGACAUGGCUUGCUGAUCAGCUCUCCGCUCAUCGCCACCGACAGAUUCGAAGAACUCGACCAGUAUUGGUUCUUCCCCGUCGAUGAAGGGGACUACUACGAGACCCUAGAGGCCCUCUCCGAGAUGUUCCUCAGCGAUUACAACAAUCGGGAAGAUAGCGCGUCGAUCGAGCUCAAGGACCGGAUCGUCAACACCUUCAUCCGGAGAUACAAUCCCUAUCGACUGCCUUCCGCGCUCGAGGUGACCCGGCCGAAUCAUCGGCAUCCGUGUCUAGGGACCGAGGACUUGUCGGUUGUCAAGCAACCGGUUAUGCUCUUACACGGAGGGUUGGACAAGUGCUACCCCGCCGAUACGGUAAGGGGCGAGGUCCCAACUUGGCUACAAAGUUCGAAAGAGGUCGAUUGGCACGUCAUCGAGGGCGCCCCCCACCUUUUGGCGCUCACCCACCCCGAACUCGUGAAUGACUAUUGGGCCAAGUUUCUGGCUCGCCAUUCCGUUCUUGACUCGACUCGGAUACCGCUCGAUCGUGACUAUGCCCUUCACGUGCUUGCAGGUUUGGCACGGCAUACCAACGGCGAGAUCGCACCAGAGGACAUCCUGCGACGCUCCGGCGACGACCCACACGAUUUUUCGCUCGUGACGCCCUUGGAGGUGGACUUGACGCGCGCUCAGAUCGUGAAAUUUAGUCAAUAUGGUGCCGAGGUGUGCCGACUGCAGUUCCCUGGUCGGUACACGGCCGAUCCUUGGGAUGUCUCGGUGCGGACCAAGAAGGGCAGAAGGUCCAGUCAGGAAGAGUGGACGUGAGUCGGAUUCUCGGCUCCACUGCGAUCGACCGAAAUUCACAGAUACUGACACGUGUUGCUUUGCUCAAUCCAUUUAGUAUAUCUCGUCGUCACGUCCUCGACGACCGAAUUCAAGCCCCUCGAAAACCGAUGAACUCUCAGGGAAUCUCCGUGUCGGUGCUCGCCGAUCGUUUCGAGACGCCAGCAUCACCGUUGCUCCCAAUCAGAAUAAGAGAGCAUCUUUCUUCGCCGCUGCCAGGGAAGAAUUUGUCCGGGAGAUCUUCGACACAAAUCCCUUGA